AUGAACGGCUACCCGACGGGUAGAGCCCCAUAUGAUUACGGGGCCCCCAAUCUGCUGUCCCAUAAUGUAAAUCCUACCGACAAACCGGAAGGUUAUGCACAGGAUGGUAAUGCGAAUGGAUUCGCGCAGGAUGCGCCACGGCACCAAGCUUCGGGCCCGAAUUCGACACCACGGUCAGCGCGCGUCGACUUGAAAGACCCAAUUCAGGUCCAUCUGCUCACCGAGACGGCUCUUUCCGACAGCAAGGGAUACGAGAUUUUGUCACAAGAGGAGGUGGACGAGCUGAAAAAGCACGCUGCGCUACUCACCCAGCGCGUAGAGACCACAAGAUCCAACCUCGCCAUCCAAUCCAAAUACCGAGAUGCCACGGCGUCCAUGGCUCGGCUCAACGCUCCUGGCUUAAAUGACGAGCAGCGCAACCGGGAAGCUGAGCGUGAGAGAAUUGAGAACGAGCGGAAGUGUGAUGAACUGGCUGCAGAACUUCUGAACUUGGAAAAGCGACUGUUGAUACCUCAUCGGAAAAUCGUAGAGCAUACCGCAGCCAUCCUCCAACUAACCCACAAGGCGAGCAGGAAAAAGGCUGCACCGCAGAAUGGACAGCUUAUCAACGGUAUACCUGGAAGUCCUGAAAGCCUAUAUACCUACUCGCACAGCAGAAAUAGUCUCGAUCAGGUCGGCGAUGAGACAUACUUCGAUGAUCCGAGCGCCUACCAGCUCGAUGGAAUGGAUCGACCAAGGAAGAAUGUUAUUGAAAUUCCUCUCAAGUCGCCAGUUCGUGAACAGAACCAGCUUCGGGUUGAGAUGGACCGUAUGCGUGAGGAGAAUAUCCAUUUACGGUCUCAAACCGAUGGCCUGUUGAAGAGGCUUCAAAGCCUCAAUGCGUCGCUGCGUGACACUAUUGUUCGAUUUAACCCAGAGAUCAACCAGACGUAUGAUGAGCCGCCUCAAGUUUCUGCAGCCCCAGACAUCAAACUCGCAGACUUGCUCAAAACUCAGAUUGAGUAUCUAGAGAGCGGUCUAGUUGCCGUCCAGGCCGAGCAAGACUCGUUCGCCGGCGGAAUUCAAAUGGGAGAGCGUCUUGAGGCCAUGAACCUCCAGCUACGAGACCUCCUCAUGACGUCUGAUCCUCACUACACGCCAACACCACUGCCAUUAGACUCCGAUGUCAACGGGCAAAUGGCUUACCUAGAAGAUUCAAUUCGAGCUGUCGACUCCCACAUGGCGCGCGCCAACUCUUCACCUAAGGCAAAUGAUGGAACUGGCCCAGUGCUAACUACUCUUUGGGAUUCGAUGCAAAAGGGCAUCGUAGAGGCCAAGCAGCGUCAGGAUGAACGCAAGAGAAGUCAGAUCGAAAGGGGCAUUACAGAGGACGAUAUGGACAUGUCCGACGACGAAGACUUCGAUACAACCAAGCCGUACUCUCUAGACACAUUCGCCGACAGGGUGCAGCGCAUACAUGCGCGAACCAUCACUCUACGAGACCAAAAGUACGUGCUCAAGCGGCAGAUCAAGCAGCAGCGGGAGCUUAACAAGUCGGACGGCGAAAAGGACAAGGAGCUGGAACGCAAACAGAGGGAACUCGAAGAAAGCCGGCAGCAGUUCAACCGCUCUGAAAAGGACCGCAAGGAUGCUCAAGAGCAGCUAUCCAACAUAAUGGCUGACUUUGAGAAGGCCAGGGAGGCAGCGGACCGUGCUGGAACUGUCACCCUUGAGCUUGAAGAGCGCAAGGCCAAGAUCACCCAGCUCGAGAAGAGCCUCAAGGCCACCCAAGCCAGCCUGGCAGCCGCAGAAUCCGGAACAAAGGGGUCCGAAAGCAAACUCUCCGCAAUCAAUGCUCAGAUUGAGGAGCUCACUGAAGGAAAGAACGUAGCAGAGACAACUAUCCAAAGCCUACGCGACGAAUUGUCGGCCAAGAAACAGGAGAUUGACGACACAAAGAAAAAGAUUGAUGACCUGGAAUCGGAAAUGGUUGAUCUUAAACUCGAUCUGACGGUUGCAAAAGCCGAACUGGACGGUGCUUACGGGUCCCGUGCAGAACGUGCGGAGCGUGCAGCAGAUAUCGCAGCCCUGAGGGAGGACGGCAAGAUCAAAAAGCUCAAGGAGGAGAUCAAGAGGCUUCAAGGGGAGAUGAAAGAACUUGGAGGAAAGGAAAAGGAACUAAGGAAAGAGCUUCAGGGUAUGACGGACGAGUGCCAAAGAAUCACCAGCGAAUCUGUCGGAUUAACGGGCGAGCUGGACGAUGCUCUGAGGGCUAAAGACAAGCUCAAAGAGGAGCUCCACAGUACCCAGGAGAAGAUGGCGAAACUACAAGAAGACCUGGACAACGAGCGACUCAAGAUCCCCAACGACGGGUCCAGGCCAGGAGCUGGUGCAUCGGUUCUGAGUGAGCGAUUUAGGGCGACAAUGCGGGAAGAACGCAAGAGAUUCCAGGACGACCUAAAGGACGAACGCCUCAGGUACCGCAAGUUGGAAGAAGAGCUCAGCAAACUAAAGCGCACCUUGGGGCCUGGCAAAAGUCCUCUAAGUCCACGGUAA